AUGAGAAUUCUUGUGCUAGUAGGUAUUGGAAGCUCGUUCAGCUUUGUUGCUGAGGCCAGCUUCCUAAACCAUACAGCACUGCUUGCUGGAUUGGAAGACCCCGUGUGGUUCGAAAAAAAUAUUCCAAUUCUACAAAUCCCCGACAAGCAGGUUCAAGAGGUUUACUACUAUCGGUGGCAAACGUACAAGGAGCACAUUGUGUAUACUGGACCCCAAUACGGCUAUCUGCUAAGCGAGUUUCUCUACCCAGUGGGCUAUGGGGCGCCCUAUGGUGGCAUUGUUGCUGCUGCAGGCCAUCAUAUCAACGAGGGACGGUGGCUAAGAGAUCAAAUUUAUGGCAAUGAUCUUAUUAAUUACUGGCUUGCUGGACCUGGGCAGUUCAACAAACCUGCGGAUGACGGAGUCAAUAAAGACACCAACGACUGGGCCCAUGAAUACAGCUUUUGGGCGGCAAGUUCUGUGUGGAGGCGAUGCACUAUAACUGGUGAUCGCGACUUUGCCAUUGGUCAGUUGGAUAAUCUGGUGAAGCAGUACCGGGGAUGGGACAACCAUUUCAAUAGCGACCUCGGUCUGUACUGGCAGGUUCCGGUCUGGGAUGCGACGGAAUUCACGGCGGCCUCAUACGAGUCGAGCGACCCAUACCACGGCGGUGCUGGCUUUCGACCGACAAUCAACGCGUACCAAUACGGUGACGCCCGAGCCAUUGCUGCCCUCGCAAAGCUCAAAGGCGACAACAAGCUGGCGGAUGAAUAUAGCAAACGCGCCGAUGCUCUGCAGGCGGCGACGCAGGCUCAUUUAUGGGAUGAUGAGAAGAAAUUUUUUAUGCAUCGCGCAACAGACAAUAACCCGAAUGGAUCUCUCUUAACGACACGAGAAAUCAUGGGUUAUAUUCCUUGGAUGUUUGGUUUGGCUAAUGCCUCUAAUGCAGAAGCCUUGCUUCAGCUCAAAGAUAGCCAAGGCUUCGCAGCGCAGUUUGGCCCAACAACGGCGGAACGGCGCAGCAAGUGGUUCAUGCACGAAGCUGAGAAUUGUUGCCGUUGGGAUGGUCCUAGCUGGCCGUAUGCAACAUCUCAAACACUGACUGCCGUAGAAAAUCUUCUGAAUGACUAUCCGGCCCAGACCUACCUCAACAACGACGACUACGUUUCUAUGCUUCGAGCCUACGCGUUAACGCAGCACAAAGGCGGUAAGCCGUACGUGGCCGAAGCCCAUCAUCCUGACAAUGACGUGUGGAUUUAUGAUGGCAACAAUCACUCCGAGGAUUACAAUCACUCGACUUUUGUUGACAAUGUCCUUGCCGGGCUGCUCGGUCUCCGUGGCCAGGCAGAAGAUUCGCUUGUAGUCAAUCCGCUUGCGAAUUAUGAUUACUUUGCUGUCGAAAACGUACAAUAUCACGGUCGAGAUAUUGGUGUGAUCUGGGAUAAAGAUGGUACUCAUUUUGGCCAGGGAAAAGGAUUAACGGUGUACCUCGACGGUAAAGCUGCAGCCCAUCGUGAUGAUCUGGGACGACUCAAAAUCAACGUUGGGUCAGGCACAGUCAAUAGUGCUGCCACCAAGGUGAACAUCGCAGCUAAUGGCCAGAAGUAUCGUCAAGGAACCAAGGCAUUUGCGUCAUAUACCUCUCCGUAUGAUGACGCUUGGCGCGCAAUUGAUGGAAUCGUCUGGCGAACUGGAAUCCCCGAGAAUACCAGAUGGACCUCGUACAAGAGUCCGAAUGCAUCGGAUUACUUUGGAGUCGACUUUCAGCGUCUACAGGCAAUUGAAGAUGUUAGACUCUUCUUCUAUGAUGACCAAGCAGGUGUCAGAUUGCCCACAAGCUACGAUGUGCAAUAUUUAGAUGGAAACAACUGGAAGACGAUCCCGGGUCAACAGCGAUCCAGCGCCCCUACUGCAUCAAACACUGAAACACGCAUUACGUUCUCCACCAUUGUCACCUCACAGCUACGCGUUGUUGCGCCUAAUCGCGGUAAUGGAGGAGGAUGGGGACUCUCCGAAUUGGAAGUUUGGGCUGACCCCAUUUUCCAGUUUCGCAAUGAGAACAGCGGCAAGCUGAUGGGUGUUGAGAACAUGUCGCACGCCAAUAGUGCCAAUAUCCAGCAGUAUGACGACAAUGGCACAAGAGACCAUCUGUGGAAGUUUUUUCCCGCAGCAGGAGGGUGGUUCAAGAUUAUGAAUAUGAAUAGCGGCUUGCUUCUUGCGGUUGAACACAUGUCUGGUGCAAACAGCGCACAUGUUCAACAAUACGAAGACAACGGAAGCGAGGAUCAAUUGUGGAGGGUUGUGUCAAAAGGAGAUGGAUUGUUCUUGAUCAAGAACAAGAACAGUGGCCUUGUUCUCGGCGUUGAUGGCGAGAGCACGGCCAACUCAGCCAAUGUUGUUCAGUUUGAAGACAACGGAACGCGCGAUCACUUGUGGAGCAUUUUAUCGUCUGUUCCAACUGCAUAG